GCCCACAAUCCACUUCAUCAGAUGUAUGAAGUGUUAUCCCUAGUUAUCCCAUCAGUGUAUACCUGCAACUUAAGACAGUUGAGUUACCUGAAUCUGCUAAAGUGGACCAUAAGACCUGAGAGCAUAUGUCAUGACAAAUGUGUUAAGUCUUGUAAGGUACCACAAGACUCCUUGCGUUUUUUGCUGCAAUAGUUCACACAAGAGGCUACUCUCCUUAAAAGUAAAUACUGUAUCUAGUACGUGUGGGUGUACUGGACUACAGCCCUGAUGUGGUAGUUUUCUCCUUGCAGGGGAUUAUUUACAUAAUGAAAUAUCCCAGAUAUUAUUCCUGGUCAGCUGCCAUGAAGCGGUCCAGCCCACUUUUAUGCAGCUCAGGAUUGCUGUUGGGGUGCCGAGAAUCCCAGAAACCUGCUGCACUCGCGUGCUCGUCUGAAUCAAGCCCGAGAGCCAAGAGAGUAGCCUAGCGACGCACCUUCUCCCGCUGUUUCAAAGCCUGCUGUGCAAUUGCGCAACGCAUGAAAAGGGACCUCUGACUUCGAAAAGUUCUUGCACCGUCAUCGGCGGACCUCCAGGCUGAGCCAAGCGCCGCGCUGCGCCUUUAAGAGGCGCGAUGGGCGGGAGGGCGUGUUGCAGGCAUGCCUCCUUCGCUCGCGCUCCCACUCGCCUAGUUAAAGGAGAACCGCGCCGCGUCCAGCUGCCGCCGCCGAGAAGUUAAAGUCAAAGGCAAGCCGGGAAGACUUUGCCAUUGCAACAGGCGGCAGCAGCAGCAAAAACAACAACACUCGGGAAGGUUUGCGGGGGAACCACCAUCAGCGCAACGUGGGGGAGAAAGGAGAGCGCACAGAGGCAUCUUAUUAUGAUUAUGUAUUAUUGCUUUUGUUAAAAAAACACCUUGCCAUGUAAAGUUGUGUGUGCAGGACACACACACUUUUUUUUUUAUUUAAAAAAAAAAACCUAAACUAUUCUAGUUGGGCGCGCGCGUGCGGCAGAUCGGCCCCCCCUUUCCCUGCCUUGACCCACAUUUCAUUCAUCUGGUGCUGCUUGGAGACGCAGAUGAUGUACACCAUCACUAAGGGACCUAGCAAGUUAGCCACCCAACGGAGGACAGGUAAGGACGGGACAAGGAGGUGGGCGUUUAUGUGUGGGGAUGAAUCUGCAUGUGCGUAAGUGCCUCCUCUCUCGCCCUCCCAACCCCCCCCCCCCCCGCUGCCAACCCGGUUGUGCUUUGAGAGGGAGGGAGGAGGGAGUAGGACCCUCCGCAAUCCUCCCCAGCCCGUGCCUCUGGGAAACUUCCUUCCUUCCUUUGCAAAAUUGAUCCGUGUGUGUGUGUGUGUUGGGGGGACGUAAGCUCCGAUCAUUCAGCUCUCCCUCCAGGCCUGAUGGGGCUCCUCUGGGCGGGAGGUCGCGCCCCCCACCCCUUAAGGACGUUGCCUCGAUUUCCCCCGCGCAGGUCCCACGCAGCAGGUGGAGAGCAAACUGGCCGACCUGAAAUGCCGCCGGCGGCAGCAGCAACAGCAACAGUUCAGCGAGUGGCCUCUGUCAAGGUGAGCGAAGGCGGCCCUUGGGUUCCCCCUACCCACGCGCAGCCAGGGACGGGACCGCGGAACCCGGUCCCAAUGGCCGCCUGGGCAGCGGUGGUGGAAAUCCUGCCCGGGCGGCCGGAGAGGACGAUCCGGAGCGGCGGUGACCUUGCGCGCCGCGUGCGAGGCGAUCUCCUUAAUGCGGCGCCUCCUCCUCCUGCUGCUGCUGCUGGGCCCUUCCAGUGACAGCCGCCCGGGGGAGGAGGAGGGGUGUGCGUAAUCGCUGCGAUCCCGCCUGGGCCGACUUGCUUGGGGAGGGGGCGUGAGUGGGGUGGGGGGCAUCGCCGCGGCAUGCAGCCCUCCGGUGUUUUGGGGGGGGGAGAGACGGGGGAGGGGGGUGACCUUGUGGAAAGGUUACCGGGUUGUCCUUGCCCCAUGGCUCCCACGUGGAGGGCGGGCUGCUUUCGUAGGAAACGAGUAAGAGGCGGGGGGUCGGUGGGGGUGGGCCGGUGCGGGUGGGAGUGGGAGUGGGCGCAGGGCCCGCUGGGUGCAGCAGGGACGCCCAGUGGCACGUGCGUGCGCGUGUUGGGCUGCGAGGGGAUCUCCUUCUCCACGCGGGGGUGUUUGGAGGCGACGUCAUUGGAGCUGGAGAGGGAGGGGGCGCGCGCGUCUUUCCAUAUCGACUGCCAGCCCCUGCCCAGCGGGCGACCUUUCCCCUGGAAAGCGCCGAGGAAGCGGACACACCCCCUUGCAAGGGGCGGGGCCAAGGAGGGGGUCCCAAAGACGGAGCGGGGCCGAGCCCAGCGGGGCCCCCUUCGGACUUGGUGCCGGCGCAGGAAUCUGGAGCGGAGGAGAUCCUUGCCUCUUCCAUCCUCGGAGGCUAAAGGCCCUAGGAAGCCGCGGAAGUGGUGCGCUCGCGAGGUUUUGUAGAACCGAUCUUGUGAGCCCUUAAUUUUAAAGCUAGUUCAUAUUCACUCUCUGUUUCUAUUUAUCCUGUUGGCUAUUACAUUUAGCUCACACACUUCCUGCAAGCAGUGGCGUAGCGUGGGGGGUGCAGGGGGGGCCGGCCGCACCAGGCGCAACAUCUGGGGGGGGCGCUCGCACUCGCAGCUCUCUGCCCCUACCUGGCUCCACGGGUUAGGGGGCGCAAAUUACUUGCCUUGCCCCGGGUGCUGACAACCCACGCUACGCCACUGCCUGCAAGGGGCUCAAGGUGGCAAAUUUGUAUUUUUAUCCCCCCUCCCCCAUCAUAAUUAAAUUUGUUACUCACCCUCAUGGGUGUAGCCAGGAUGGGGGGGGGGGGGGCAGAACCAACGUGAUUUGGUCAGUUAGUUAAGUAUUUCUCUUGUCUUGCUUGAUGGGGGGGCAGCUGCCCCCCUCCGCCCCCCAGCCCAUGGCUAUACCCAUGCUCACCCUUCACUGGAAAGUUAUCUCCACAGAAACCCUCUGAGCUUUAUGAGGAGCAAGGAUUUGAGGAAUAGAGGGUGAGGCUCUGAAGUUGUGGUCUGGCACUCCAACCACUACAGAACUCUGCCUCUAUUAGCCUGGAGGGUGGCGUCCUCUUUUACUGUUGAAAUUUAACCCAGAUGGAACUCCUCAGAACCGGAACUUUCCUGCUACACACACACACAUGUGUCUUGGAUCUGCUUAGAAAGUCCUGGAAAUUUGAUUUUUAAAUGGAUAGUGUAAUUUGUGAGUUUUGAUCCAUCAGAAAUUGGGUGAAGUCAUGUCAAAGUCACAUUUUGGUCUGCCAUCUUGAUUCAGAAUGGCGCCUGGUGUCCAAAUGUUGGCAAAGACACCACCCCCACAUUGGGAAUCCUCAUGCCAAGUUUGGUAACAAUAUCUUGAGAGGCAGCCCGACCUAUAGAAAACAAGCAGACAAACCGUUUCCCAAAUAUAUAGUAGCCAGCAAGAUGGAUAGAUGGAUCAAGCUUGCAUUACUCUGUCAAGGAACACUGAUAGUGUAUACAGGACUUCAGGCAGAGAAUAUCUCCCAGCCUUACCAGGCAAUGCCCAGGAUUGAACCCACAACCUUCUGCAUGCCAAGCAGAUGCUCUGCCACUGAGCUGGGGCCCUUUCUUCAUUGCAGUUAUCCUCCUUGUUGAUUGCAUUUCAUAAUGCAGGUAGCAGCAACAUUAACAACUCGCAACAAAAUAGGCUCUUAUUUUUGUUUAUUUUUAAAAGUAAAGGGAUCUGUGUCAUUUGGCCAACAUGCCUGGUCCGAUAGAUCCAUUUCACCGAUAACCGUAGCUAUUCAGAGUGUACAGCCUGUGAGCUGAGGAGAGAGACUGGCAGCUUUGAGCCUGGCAUAAUCCUGUACCAUAGGAAAUGGGGAUGAAGGGGUGUGUCUUGGCAGCCCUGUUGCUUCCCCCAGCUCACCUGACAUGGUCCACUUGGCUUGCACAAGUGUGUGCUUGUUAAUUCUGGAUUAUUUUGAUGAUGCAAAAUACACUAACAUGGGGUUAGAAUCCUUGCUCCAUACCUAAACGUAUGUUGAAAUAGUAGGAUGAGACGAGGGAUAAUCUUUACUCUUUCCCAAUGGUGUGUUCACCCAGUUUUCCUGACACACGUUCAUUCCACUGAUCGCAAAUGGAGCAUGAGUCCAAAUCUGUAUUUGCCCUCAGUGAAGACUGGUCCAUUAGGGCAAAUGGGACCCUGCCCCCAUCAAGAUCAGUCUGCUUUUGGCCACCCCCACCUGCCUGCCUCCGUACUUACAACCAGUCCAGGGGGAGGUCCUGCCUGCCAGUUUCUUCCUCUUUAGUCUCAAUGUUGCCCUUGUAGAACUUAGCGAGGAGGUGGAGAACGGGGACCAAACCAGAAUGAUUCAUCUCUGCCUCUCAUUGGCUCUUGCUCCCCCUACUGUUGGGCUCCCUGCCUUUUGCCCUAGGAGCCCCAGUGGGCACCAGCCUUCCCUGCUCCCCCUGCGCCUAACAUUUGGGAGAGAUAGUGAACUGGGCAUGGAGGGAAAAGCAAGGAACGUGGCAGUUGCUCCAUUUUGGGGGACUGCUGGAUUUGGCCUGGGGACAAUCAGGUCACGGUUGCGGUCUCCUGAUCUAGAGAACUAAUGGAUUUGGAAGAUGUUCAGCAUUGCAUCCUUGAUACAGUACGUUCUUGAACACAAAGACAGCUCUUUCUUUUAAAAAAUUAAAUCAACGAGUUUCCUUGUAUGACAUUCUGGUUUUUUUGUAUGAGUUGGGGGAAACUUGGGUGGCCUCCAGACUAUUAGGAUUUUGCAGCAGGGAUUCAGUUGCAGAUCAUAAGUUUAAGGUUUGCUCAAUUAAAGCACAGCAAAGUCCUGUUUUUAUAAACAGGCUUUUUGCAGUCAGGAAAGUGAUGGGGAAAUGCAUUGAAAAGUGUGGGGUGAACAAAUGACUAAUGGGAAGACCUAAACCACAAGCAAAGUGGGCUGAAUGGUCGUUGCCAUAUAAAAGCAAAGCAAAUGAGAAUAGACAGUCAAUAAAGACUGGAUGUAGUUUGGCCACUGCAUAAGCUUUGUGGAAGCAGAUCAGGAUGAAAGCAUAAUAAAUGGGUUAUGUGGAGGAGCCUGGCAAAUUCCUUAUUCCUUCACAUUGUUAAGGUUCCCUUAUCAAAUCAACUGCAGUUUCAGGAUACAAUGGGCACCACAUGGCUCUCCCCACUUCCCCUUCCAUUCUCACAACAACUCUGUGAGGUAGGUCAGGCCAAGAGACUAUUCCCAGCAAGGGGAGGUUUGAACCCUGGUCUGCCAGCUCCUAGUCCAGGAUACAAGACACUACAUGCCCUUGGCACACCUAUUUGUUCCUUGUUUCAAAUCUUCAAUGCCCUGCUUUACAUACACAAUUUAUCCCUGUAAAAAUUGCAAGUAGCGAUCUGUAGAUCUUUGAUUUAUUCAUGCUGGAUGAGCAGAUUGCACUAUUUUUUCCUCAGUGGAUAGUUGAGUAUAAUAGCUCAUGACAGGAACCCCACCCCCACCCCAACCCAGCACCGCCUUGAGCCCAAUGCCCAAGGCAAUCACCAGGGUUCCCAUAGAAAUCUAUUCUGCGGCUGAUCUUUUUGAAGAAUUUAUAACUCACCCACCUCCGCCCAUAGCUAAGAUGCUUUGAUUGCCCUCGAGCAAGUAUUACGGUAGGUGCCAGGCCAGGUAUUGCCUUGUAAGCCCAGCAGUUUACUGAACAAUAAAAGCAUUUUUAUUGGGCACCUGAGAUGAAGCGUUAUAAACGUAUUGUGCGUUGCCUUCCCUUCCCUCACCAUGGGCAGGUUGCAGGGCUGCUGUUCUCAGCAACAGCCUUACAGGAGGUGUCAAAUCCUUCUGUACAGCUGCUUUAUUUGGGCAGUGGACAAAGAUAGACAUAAUCUCUCCUAGCUGGGGAGAAAGAAAAUACUGCAGAGCAGGGAAGCACCACAAGCAGGUUCCCCCUCCAAGGAAGGCACAGGGAGUGGCAACAAGCGACAAGGGCCGUUCUAGUUGUGGCUUCCCUUCUGUGGAAUGCUCUCCCCAGCGAGGUCCACCUGGAACCUUCACUGACAUCUUUUUAACACCUGGCCUUUUGACAGACUGAGAUGAUGUUGGUUUGUUAUUAGCAUCCUGCCAAGUUUCCUGUGGGGGUUGUUUGUUCUGCUUUUAUUGCAUUAUGUGCUUAGAUUUAUGUCUUUAAUGUGUCAGUCACUUGGAGACAUAACAAGUCUAAUAAUAAUAAUAAUAAUAAAACAACGAAUGUCGUAUUUGAGGUGUGUCUGGUUUCCUCACUGUACAUCUUUUGGCAAAUGCUUUGAAGGGUUGAAUAAUAACAACAAUGAUGACUGUGGAAGAAUAACACUCUCUGCCUCUGUUUUGGCAGCCCAGCUCCAAAGCUCGUGUUCAACAGGGUAAAUGGCAAGAGACCCCCACUCAUGACCCCCCCUACGUUGGCCACAGAGGAAAACUAUACCGUGGCACAUGAAGAAAAUGUUCGGUUCGUGUAUGAAGGUAGGUGAGCUGCUCUGUUGAGGUCAGGAACAAGGUUUUUAACCUGUGCUUGUUUUCCUUACAGCUUGGCUGGAGAUGCUUCUGUCUAGGUGUGGGGUUUGGGAUCGGCAAUGGUUGGCUUAAUUUCACAGGGCCCUCAGUCUCACCAGUCAAUGCGGGCUGUCUGUUGCUCUCUGGAUUCUUCCUUCUGGGAAACGGUUCCUCUUCCACUUUGCGGUUUUGCACAUGCCAGAGAGAAACGCAAUUCUACAAAACUGCCAGCUCUGCCCACCUCUGCCUCUGGCCACACCCAGACUCCAUUUUCCUAUUGGUCAGUGGCCCUGAAUAGGUAAAUGGCCCUCAUCACCCACCUAUGGCAGCCUGGCCUAAGGAGAUCUGGUGUAAAGGAGUUCGGGGUCCUCACACCAUCACGCCUACGGUCAAAACUAUAUGUGACGUUUAAUGUGUGUCUGCAGAUUUAAAAAAAAAAUGUAAAUAGAUUUUUUUGAAAGGGAAAAUUCAACAGGUGUUGCCUUCCUUUCUCCCCACCCACCCAGCAGGUCUAAGCCUUAGAUUGUAAGGGUUCAUCUACACUUCUUUUCCUGUGCCUAGAAAGCAUGUGUCUGCCCCACCAUGUUCCCUGGAAAAACCCACUCUUUACCACUGAAUCAGAGCAAAUGUUAAUCCGCGGGAAACCUGAUUGGCGUUUGCUCCGAUUCAGCGGUAGAGAGCAGGUUUCCCCAGAGGAAAGUGGCAAGACAAGCAGAAGUCUGGACGACUCCUGGGAUAAGAAAACGAGCCGGCAGAUGUUAGUGAAGGUCAGUCCAUUAGGUCAAGUGGGGCACUGCUCCCGCCAGCAUCAGCCUGCUUUCAGCCAGCCUCUACCUCCUGUUUCCUUCUUUCCAAUUGGUCCAGAGGGUGGCACUGGCUGUGAGUUUCCUCCUGCUUUGAUUCAGUGUUGCCUUCAUAAAACUCAGCGGGAAGGAUGGGGACAAAUCUAGAAUUAGUUGGCUGUGCCUGCCUGUUAUUAGCUCCAUCUACUUUUGGGCUAAUGGGACGCGGGUGGCGCUGUGGGUUAAACCACAGAGCCUAGGACUUGCUGAUCAGAAGGGCGGCGGUUCGAAUCCCCACAACGGGGUGAGCUCCCGUUGCUCAGUCCCUGCUCCUGCCAACCUAGCAGUUCGAAAGCAUGUCAAAGUGCAAGUAGAUAAAUAGGUACCGCUCCAGCGGGAAAGUAAACGGUGUUUCCGUGUGCUGCUCUGGUUCACCAGAAGCAGCUUAGUCAUGCUGGCCACAUGACCCGGAAGCUGCACGCCGGCUCCCUCGGCCAGUAAAGCGAGAUGAGCACCGCAACCCCAGAGUCCGUCACGACUGGACCUAAUGGUCAGGGGUCCCUUUACCUUUACUUACUUUUCGGCUAAUGCCCUCCCAGUCCCAAUGGGUAUUAGCCACCACUGUCUGACAUCAUGUGAUUGACAGGUGAGCAGCCCCACCCACCUGUCAAACUUGAUCUACAAGCAAAGAGUGAUAAGGAUCUGGCCCAUAGGCUGGAUCUGGUUCCCCAUUGAAAGCUACAUAGUCUUUGGCUUGCAAAGGGGCCAAAGCCUUCUUCAGGAAAGGCGUCAGCAGCUCGAGUUCUUGUCAGCCAGAAAAUGGGGCCUCCAUGAGGCUUGCUGCUUUGGAGUGUCCUUCUCUCCUCAUGUGCCCUCCUCUCUCCCACCCUCCAGCCUGGCAACAGGUGCAGCAGCAGCUGGAUGGCGUCCAGCAAGGGGACAGCAGAUCUGGUCCAGUGCAAUACACAGAAAAGACACCUGGCCCUGAACUGAAAGGUAAGUAAGUGCGUGUGGCCUGCCUUCAAGGUGUGGCAUGGAAUCAAGCGCUGUGGGAUACACAAGAGAUGUCAGCCAGAUCCCCAGAACCAGAGGCAACCUUUACAAGCCCCUAGUUUCUUCCCCGGCUCAGAUUAAAAAAUCCAAGUCGGAAAAUAAUUCUCAGCUUUCUUCCUUUGCCCUCACCCUGUCCCCCAUUCCAUGAUACUUAGAAGAGCCAUUGUUUAGUGGUAAAAUGCCAAAUUUGCAUCUAUAUUCUAGUGACUCCCUACUCAGUUCCUUAAGACAUAUUGCAAGGAGACCCCCCCUGGUCCCCUUCCAGAACCACAGUUCCCAGACUUUCCUGUGAAGAGGGAUUGGUUGUUAAACAAACAACCCCUCUGGAAAUGGUUACCAGGAUUAUUGCACCUCUUUACCCUGGUCUUUGCACUAUUAUUGUGAUGAAUACAUGUUGCAGAAUACACCCACAAAAAUCUCUCCAGGCUGGAGAGGCCCUCGGUCUCCUGUUUCUAGCAUAGUAAUUGGGUUGAUGGAUGCAAAAUAAGUGCCUUCUUUUUGUGGGCAGAUUGUGUUCUACAGCAUUUUUAUGUAUAUACAGUCGUACCUUGGAAGUCAAACGGAAUCCAUUCCGGAAGUCCGUUCGAAUUUCAAAACAAAAUCGCAGCUUCUAAUUGGCUGUAGGAAGCUCCUACAGCCAAUCAGAAGCCGCGGAAGCCCUGUCGGACAUUUGGGUUCCAAAAGAACGUUCACAAACCGUAACUGUCAUUUCUGGGUUUGUGGCAUUCGGGAGCCAAAACGUCCGAGUUCCAGGGCGUUUGACAACCAAGGUAUGACUGAACUUUUACUUUACUUUAUAUUGGUUUUAAUUUCUGUGGCCAUUUUGAGUCUGACUCUUGUAAACAAAGGAAACGAAGUUAUUUGAGAAGCUGAAGUUUUGAUGUUUUCUUAGCCUAAUCCUUCAGAUUUUGCAGGCAGAUUUUUGUUCUGCGCGUGUUCUUAAAUGGACCCAAUCUUCUCUCUUUUUUUUCAGAUUUUGUGCCCAUAGACCUUGAGGACUGGUGGGCCCAACAGUUCCUGGCAAAAAUCGAGAACGGAUCUUAACAAGGGGUUACGCAAAAGCUUAAAACAAAAAAAGUUUUAAAUUUACCAUAAGGAAAAUAUGCACCCGUCCAAGCAAAGAGAAAAGAGAGAGAAAAUGGGGAACCCUUUGGCAGUCCCCCACCCUGGAGCCCACUUUUGGGGGCAGGAAGGAGAGCGACCGACAGCGAACUGCUUCCUUAGAAGCUCUGGAUUUUUUUUCCACCGGAAGAUUCAGACAGACUGAAUGUCUGGAAGUGCCAUGGCAACGUGGGUUUGGGGGGGGAGGCUUAGGGGAGGGUCUGGCAACCCUGUCCUACUCCCACUUGGAGCUGGCACCCUCUGGAAAGCCAGCGCUGCCCUGUAAAGCCAAGACUGCAUUCUCAAUAAAAGCACCAAUGUGCCAGUGGAACAAGGC